UCUGCUGCUGGAUGGAGGAGGUCUGCUGGAGGGAGGGCAGCGCUCAGGAUAAAUGCGCUCUUUCAUUUCAAAGGGAGAGAAUUCCGUUAUACUGGAGCCGCAUAUUUACAUCGACAGAGACGCAGAGGAGGAACAAACAACAAGAGGGUUUUCUGUUUUUGUCACUUUAGGAGAAGAGGACAUGAUAUUGGAUGCGAAGUUAUCAGAGGAACCUCAAACUUUGCGCUUGACGAACGGAGCCCCCAUCCACAGGAGAGUUUGAGCUCCAGGGACGCGCUCGGGAGUCCGGAGGGAGAAAGGCGCGCGGCUGAUGGACUGUUUGUGAAGGUGUUCCACAUUAGUGAUGCUUUAAUGACCCUGAACUGCGGCCUCUUGUUGGAUGGGACAGGUGCACCGAUUUCCACGCUCCAAACCACGGGUCACUGAAGUGUCAAUUAAGACUUCGCCUUGAUCCUCAUCCACACAGACCACGUUGCCUCCGUGGUGUCACUCAUUUACUGCUCCGGGGACUUGAACAAGCGCAAAAACAAGAUUCCUCCUGUUGACUGGGAUUAUUUAAUCUUAAUUUAUAACAACGAGUUUCUCUGGUUACCGCUGAAGGGAGCUUUACGCACGUACACGCGCAGCAGACAUGCCACUGCAGCACCGUUCGACUGGAUUUUACGCAUCUCUGGGGGAAAGAGAGAGUUGAAAAAGUGUGCGUGUGUGUGAAUGCGUGUGUGUGGCUGUGAGUGUGUGUAUGUGUGUGUGCAGGUAGAGGCCAAUGUACUGCAUCUCUAGCUCAGGGGAGACCACAUUGUGAACAGAGAAAAAAGAGAAAAGUAAAAGAGAGAGACUGGUUUUAAAACCUGCUUCAUAAAUGGAGCUGCGUAAAUACCUGAUGUGCCUGGAGUUCAUCCUCCUCCUUAAAGAGUUUUGUCAGUGUUUCAACAUAGAUGUAAAGAAUCCGCGCAUCUUCACUGGCCCAGAGGACGCUCUGUUCGGCUUCUCUGUUUUACAGCACGAGUCGAAUGGAGAGAAAUCAAUGCUGGUUGGCGCUCCCUGGGACGGGCCGCCCAACAACAGGAAAGGAGACGUGUAUAAAUGCAUCGUGGGGGACGAGAGGAACUCAAACUGCAGCAAAGUGAAUCUAGGUGAGAUUGCUCUCCAGAACGUCUCUAAAAACCUGAGGAACUCUCACCUGGGAAUGACCCUCACUCCGGACUCACCUGACGGCUUCCUGGCAUGUGCACCACUGUGGUCGCAGGAGUGUGGUACGUCUAUGUUCAGCACUGGCAUCUGUGCCUCGGUCAGCGAUGACCUAGAACCAAGAGAGACCAUCGCUCCAACAGCACAAAGGUGCUCCACGUACAUGGACAUCGUGAUCGUGCUGGACGGCUCCAACAGUAUCUAUCCCUGGUACGAGGUCCAGAACUUCCUCAGCAACAUCCUCAGCAAAUUCCACAUCAGCUCAGACCAGAUGCAGGUCGGUGUACUGCAGUACGGCGAGGUAGCAGUCCACGAGUGGUCUCUGAAGGACUACCAGACCACAGAUGAGGUGGUGGAGGCUGCCAAGAACAUCAGCCGACAGGAGGGACGAGAGACGCGCACGGCAUACGCCAUCCACAUGGCCUGCACAGAGGCGUUCAGUUUGGAACGUGGUUCGAGGGAUGGAGCGACCAAGGUGAUGAUCGUAGUGACGGACGGAGAGUCGCAUGACGGAGAGGAGCUACCUGAAGCUCUGGAGGAGUGUGAGAAGAGAAACAUCACAAGAUACGCCAUCGCUGUUUUGGGUCAUUAUAUCCGCCGGCAGCAGGACCCUGAGACGUUCAUUAACGAGAUCAAGUACAUCGCCAGCGACCCUGACGACAAAUUCUUCUUCAACGUGACAGAUGAAGCUGCGCUCAAUGACAUUGUGGACGCUCUGGGAGACCGAAUCUUCACCCUGGAAGGGACACUGGGCUACAACGAGAGCUCGUUCCACAUGGAGAUGUCUCAGAUCGGCUUCUCCACACACACACUGGAUGAUGGCAUUUUGUUUGGGAUGGUCGGCGCCUAUGAUUGGGACGGUGGCGUGCUGAAGGAGGGGAUCAACGGACGCAUCGUGCCGCCCAGAGAGGCCUUCGAGAGCGAGUUUCCACUGGAGCUGAAGAAUCAUGCUGCUUAUUUAGGUUACACAGUGUCAUCUGUGAUAGUUGGCGACUGGAGGAGGCUGUAUGUAGCUGGAGCUCCUCGCUUCAAACACAAAGGCAAAGUCAUCCUGUUUGAGCUCAGCGACGACGGCGACGUCAACAUCGUGCAGGCCCUCAAUGGAGAACAGAUUGGGUCUUACUAUGGCAGUGAGGUGUGUGGGAUGGAUAUCGACCAGGACGGCAUCACCGACGUCCUCCUGGUGGCUGCUCCGAUGUACCUGGGCUCAGGAAACAAGGAGGCUGGGAGGGUCUACAUCUACAGCCUCAGUGGGGAGGAGGUGUUUGUAUCUAACGGGACUCUGAACUCAGAGGAGAAGUCCCAGGACGCCAGGUUUGGUUAUGCGCUGGCGUCCGCCCCCGACCUCAACCACGACGGCUUCACUGACCUGCUGGUGGGAGCCCCGCUGGAGGACGAGCACCGGGGGGCCAUCUAUGUGUACCACGGAGAUGGCAUUUACAUCAACCACAAUUAUAAACAGGUACCUACCCUUUACUUACAGGUAGAAGCUUUCUGGAACCUGUCAGAAAUCAAUCAAACUAAUGUCCUUUCCUGGCUCCCGUCCCUACAGCGUAUCGCAGGGUCAUCGCUCUCCUCCUCCAUGCAGUACUUUGGCCGCAGUGUGAGCGCUCGGAUGGACCUGGAUGGAGAUGAGCUAAUAGACUUGGCAGUGGGAGCACUGGGCAGUGCUGUGCUGCUCAGCUCUCGCAGCAUAGUCCAGAUCAACGUGAGUCUGUCCUUCCAGCCGCACUCCAUCAACGUCAUUCAGAAGACCUGCCAGAGAGGAGGCAGAGAGUCAGCCUGUCUGGAUGCGACUGCCUGCUUCACAGCCGUCUCCCGCUCCCCUGGACCACAGAGCAACAGCUUUGACCUGUGGGUGUCGGCGAUGUUGGAUGACAGGAAGUUGUCUGCCCGGGCCCUGUUUGACGACAGCUCCCACAGACAGACCCAGAUGGUCGUCCGAGUCCAAACGGGACAAACUCUCUGCUACAACCUUCCCUUUCAUGUUUAUGACACAGCAGAUUACAUCCGUCCAAUCAGCUUCUCGCUGCGGUUUAAGAUCAACGACACGGAGAGUGGUCCGGUAUUGGAUGAGGGCUGGCCAACCACUGUCAAGAAAUUUAUCGCGUUCUUCAAAGACUGCGGUGAGGAUGACGUGUGUACCACAGACCUGGUGCUGCAGGCUCAUAUGGACAUCUCUGGGACGAGACAGAAGCCUUACGUGAUCCGCAGCCCUCGUAGGCGUCUGGCGGUGGAGGUGCAGCUCCAGAACAGACUUGAAAACGCCUACAACACCAGCCUGACGCUGCACUACUCACGCAACCUGCACUUCUCCAGCCUCAGCAUUCGGGAGGAUGCCCACUUUAAGAUCGAGUGCACGGCGCUCGGUGCCAACAGCCACUCGUGUAACGUCAGCUAUCCGGUGUUUCGCUCCCAGUCAAAGGUUAACUUCAUGCUGGAGUUUGAGUUCAGCUGCACGUCUCUGCACAGUCGAGUCCAGAUGAAGCUCCAUGCUGCCAGUGACAGUGUGGAGAGGGAGGAGACGCUGGGGGACAACAGUGUUCAGCUGCAGAGUUUUGUUCAGUAUGAACCGGACCUGUUUGUCAGCAGUGACUCUAAUUUGAACCGAUACGAGGUCCACCCCACGCGGACGGUGUCAGAGGCGAUUGGACCAGAGUUCUAUACACACCUCAGGCUGCAAAACCUUGGCUGCUUCUCUGUGAGUAAUCUGGUGGUGAGGCUGCAUCUGCCCUCAGUGGCUGCAGGAGACAGAGUGUUCAUGACUGUCACUGAGGUCUUCUCCUACAAUGCGACAGGAGUGAACUGCAGCGUGCUGAGUGAUCUGGACCAGCUCAAAGCCAAACACAGAGAUGUGCGCCCCCUACAUCCAGAAGACAUGAUGCACAACGACAUACUGAACUGCAGCAGGUCGUGGUGCACGGAGGUUGUGUGUGAAGUGCAGCAGCUUCUGAGAGGGCAGGCUGCACUCAUUCGUGUCAGCCGCAGAGUCCACGAUGACUUCUUCAGAAAAGCCAAAUAUAAGUCAGUGAGGAUAAUGGGAGCCUAUCGCCUGGCAGCUCAGGAGACUAACCUCAUCAGUCUGGACACAGGGACAGACUGGAGGGAGACUGUACUGGAGGUGCUGAAGGGCCGAGCUAUUCCAAUCUCACUCUGGAUUCUGAUCGGCAGCAUCAUCGGAGGGUUGCUGCUACUGGCCCUCAUCAUUUUUGUACUGUGGAAGCUGGGGUUCUUCACACGCAAACAGAGAGCAGAGGAUGAGAACCAUGAGGACUGAGCCCGACGUCUGCUGCCAUGACAACGGUCAUUUGCCAUGACAACGGUCAUUUGCCAUGACAACGACCACAUGAGUCCACAGAUUGGACUGGUUUGGUACAAAGAUGCGACUGGGACCUUCAGGACCAAAGAGAGCAUCACGGGGGUCAAACAGAAAUGCACUACCCACUAUUUCCAGCAUCGGGAGCACUUGUGUAAAUAAUCUUUUUUUAUUGUAUGGAACGCCAGUGUGUAUUAAACCACAAUACUUCUAUUUAAUAUACAGAAAUCUUCAUGGUUUCACAGUCACCUUGUCGUAUGUUUGUCCUUCAAGUUUUGUGUUUGUUCUUUAAUGAAAUAAAAAGUGUUGAAAAGUU